AUUUCAAAUAAUUAUCAAUUUUAUACGGAAAGUUUGUUGAGUUAUUUUAAAAUAACUAAUUUUUAAAUAUAAAUAAAUUUUCGGUCCAUGUAUAAGCUAUUAUUAAAUCAAUUCAUAAUUUUAAUGCCAAGUGAAAUUUCAAACAAGUACUACGUAGGAGUAAUAAGAGUAUAACCUCAAAACUUUUAUGAAUGGAUACUUCGUUACACACGAUAAAAUUUUAAUAUUUAACAAUAAUCAUUUUGAAAUAUACUAUUGCUUUGAUUUUUGAGUUAAUUAAACAAUUGGUUUGCAACAAUAACAAACGAUAAAUAAACAUGUCUGAUGAUGAAGAUUAUAUGUCCGACAAAAUACUCCAAGGUUUGGAAGAAAAAUCAACACCUGGUUUAAUUUAUAAAACAGCAGAUAAACGAAGAAUACAAGCUGAAAAAAGGAAAGCUGAAAUCGAUGCUAAAUUAAAAGAAAAAUAUAAAUCUCCGAAAAUAUUGGAGCAAGAUCUGAGAGAGAAAAAACUAUCUUCAACUAUUGAUGCUGAAAAUAAAGGCUUCGCGAUGUUAGUAAAAAUGGGUUAUAAACCAGGCCAAGGAAUUGGAAAAAAUGAAUCAGGAAGAGUAGAACCUAUUGGUAUUAACAUAAAAGCUAAUCGACAAGGUCUUGGCACCAUUGAUAAAACCAAACCAACUAAAUCAAAUAUUAAUCCAACCGCAAAACUAGAGAAUCUUAAAACAGAUGACUUUCGAGAUAGAAUUUUUUCCAAAAAAAUGCAGCAAUUACUGGAAAAUGAUUUAUAUAAAAGUCAAAAAGUUUGUGAACAAUUAGAUAGUAACAAUAAUAUUAAAGAACCUAUUGAGUUAUGGUACUGGCCUGCUAAAGAAAUAGAAAAAAACAUUGACGAUGAUGAGUCCGAUGGAAAUAAUGAGAAUGAAAUCGAAAAAGAUGACAAAGAUGAAGUAGAAUUGUUACCUAAAGAUAAAUUAGAAAUUUUAACAGAAUAUUUAAGAAAUAAAUAUUUUUAUUGUAUUUGGUGUGGGACAACUUAUAAUGAUCAAGAUGACCUAACCGAUAAUUGUCCUGGACCAACAAGAGAUAGCCAUUAAUUGUUAAUUUUAAUUUAAUAAAAAAUUCGACUCAAAUAAUCAUUAUAAUUCUAAGUAGAAACAAAUGAAUAUUAAACUAAGAUUCCAUUAAAAAACAACUAAUUGUAUUUGACUUGAAUUUUUUUAUAAUCAUCAAAAAAGUACACCAAAAGAGCAUUAAGCAUACCAAAUGUGUAAAUACUAUAAGCAUAGCUUUACUCAGAAAACAUUGCUAAGUAGCCAAGAGACUAUUGUGAUUAUGGGUUGAUAAACCUAUAGAAACUUAGCAGGAGAUUUGGUACCCCCGAAGAGAAAACUUCCACUCUCAGUAGGCAAAAAUUUCCUAUAAAAGCUAGCGAUCUUCCUAUUAAAGCAUUUAUAUUGAAGAACAACAA